AUGGAGAUAAGUAUCGAUAAUAAGGAUUUGGACGACGACGGACGCAUAAAAAGGACUGGGACAUUGAUGACUGCAAGUGCUCACAUAUUUACUACUGUUAUUGGAUCUGGAGUUCUCUCCCUAGCUUGGGUUGUAGCUCAGUUGGGUUGGAUAGCCGGACCUGUUGUUCUCAUACUCUUCGCUGUCAUCACUUGGUUCACAUCUGUUCUACUUGCCGACUGUUAUAGGUCUCCUGACCCUGUUACAGGGAAGAGAAACUACACUUACAUGGAUGCAGUGAAAGCCAAUCUAGGAGGAAUCAUGAUUCAGCUCUGUGGAUUAGCUCAAUAUGGUAGCUUUAUUGGGGCUACCAUCGGAUACACCAUCACUGCAUCUAUCAGUAUGGCGGCAGUUCAAAUGUCCAACUGCUUCCACAAGAAUGGCCAUCAUGCCAAGUGCGACGCAUCACACUAUCCCUUCAUGAUCAUCUUUGCAUGCAUUCAGAUAAUUCUGUCUCAAAUACCCAAUUUUCACAAGCUCUCUUGGCUAUCCAUCAUAGCAGCUAUUAUGUCAUUUUCUUAUUCUCUAAUAGGAAUCGGUCUCUCCGUAGCCAAAGUUGCAGAGAAAAACCAUAAUGUAAGGACUAGUUUGAGAGGGGUCGAAGUUGGAUUGGAUGUCACUGCAACUGAGAAGAUGUGGAGGGUCUUUCAGGCCAUCGGAGACACUGCCUUUGCCUACACCUUCGCUCCCGUCCUCGUUGAGAUACAGGAUACACUAAAAUCAAAUCCUCCAGAGAACGAAGUAAUGAAGAAAGCUUCUUUUAUUGGGGUGUUGAUCACAUCCAUGUUCUAUGUGUUGUGUGGUUGCAUUGGUUAUGCGGCAUUUGGUAAUGAUGCACCGGGAAACUUUCUUACUGGAUUUGGAUUCUAUGAACCCUUUUGGCUCAUUGACUUCAGUAAUGCAUGCAUUGUUGUUCAUCUUGUCGGAGCAUACCAGGUAUUUUGUCAAAUCUUCUUUGCUUUUGUGGAAAAAUGGUGCAGAAAGCAAUGGCCAAACAAUGGAUUCAUAGGCAAAGAACGUGCUGUUAGUGUUCCAUUAUAUGGAAAAUACUACAUCAACUCCUUUCGACUGGUAUGGAGAACAAUGUAUGUAAUACUGAUGACUGUAAUCGCGAUGAUAUUCCCAUUCUUCAACGACUUCAUGGGUCUGAUCGGAGCUGCCUCAUACUGGCCUUUGUGUGUGUUCUUCCCCAUAGAGAUGUAUAUUGCACAGUCCAGGAUACCCAAGUUUUCCUUCAGAUGGGCUUUGCUCCAAAUAUUGAGCUGGGCCUGCUUGAGUGUGUCCAUAGUUGCUGCAGUUGGAUCAGUUCAGGGCCUGGCAGCAGAUGUGAAGACUUACAAGCCUUUCAAAACUCAAUAG